UGUGUGAAUAACCCAGAGAAAUAUUAUUUUUUUAAAAUGUCCACAAAUUUUUGUUACACUGUGGUGAAAAAUCUAAAACCUUAUGUAAAGUAUUUUCCCCAACUAACAAAACCGGUGAUGCGAGCACUGAUACAAGCAUCUGUACACUAUAUAGAAACUAAUAAAUGUUCGCCGGAAAUCUUGGAAUUAGCAUUAAAUAAGCUGCCACACUCUGGACAUGUUAUUCCUGAAAAUUUUUGUGAACUAUUUGCUGCAAUAUUACAAAUAAUGCAAAUAUAUUUAAGAACUCCCGUAGGAACCGUUAAACUAAAUGAACUAAGAGAAUGCUUGCAGGAAGAUUUAAAUUUAAAUUAUGAAUGCGUAGAAGACUUAGUGAAGGUUUUGCAUAAUCAUCGUGUUUCGUUGACUAAAAAUUUUAUAGAAGCUAAAAGCGUGAGAAAUUAUCCCAAACAUAUGCAAUGGCGUAUAAAUAUAUCAUUAAGUCAAGAAUUACCUCGUGACAAUGCCGCCAUAACUAUAAUUUUACAUUUUCAUUUGCCGGACGGUCGAUAUCGUACUUUAGAGCUACCCUUGGCCAUGUUUCAUCAUUUACGCUACAAGUUAGCAAAUUUACUAAGCGAAAUGCAAUCUUUGGAGCAGCGUCCUGUUAUGAAAAAAUUCUAACCAUUUCUCAUUUUUAACUUUCAAGACUUUACCUACCAGAUGACUUAUUUCUUUUGUUCUUUACAAUGAAUUUUGCGGUCAUUAUGUUGAGAACGAAAGUCGUAAAAUAUUGAAAGUAAAUAGAAAGGUAGCAACUGGCGGUGCCGUUAAGUCUCUUUCUGCAGUUGGUAGUCGGACAAAAGAAUUAAUAAAACUUUCAAAAUUAGACCUGUUAUUGGUUUUCGAAGUA